CCUAUAUAAAGCUCUUAAACUUGUACAGAAUGUGCAACUAAACCUAACCAACACUCAUCCAGAAAUGGACAUUCUCUGCUGGAUUUUGAUUGCUUUUGUCAUUGCAGCAACAGCAAAACCAUUUCUUUCUUACAUUUUCCAUCUUCUUAGGAAACCUAAACUCAUAAACUCAUCCUCAAAAAACUUCCCCAAAGUAGUAAGUAAUAAUUCUUCUCCAAUACUUCCUUUAGGCACUUUUGGAUGGCCUCUACUUGGUGAAACCAUGGAGUUCAUCUCUUGUGCCUAUUCAGAUCAUCCUGAAAGCUUUAUGGAUAAACGUCGUCGUUUGUAUGGUAAGGUAUUCAAGUCUCACAUAUUUGGGAAACAGACUAUAAUAUCAACAGAUGCAGAAGUGAACAGGUUUAUAUUACAGAGUGAUGCAAAGUUAUUUGUGCCUUCUUACCCAAAAACAGUAACAGAAUUGAUGGGAAAGUCUUCAAUUCUUCUCAUUAAUGGAAGUUUACAAAGAAGAUUCCAUGGACUUGUUGGAUCCUUCUUUAAAUUAUCACAUCUUAAAGCUCAAAUCACUAAAGACAUGCAAAGUUAUGUCCAAUUGGCUAUGGAUAAAUGGACUGAUCAUAGUCACUCCCCCAUUUUCAUCCAAGAUGAAGCUAAACAAAUUGCUUUUCAAGUAUUGGUGAAAGCAUUGAUUAGUCUGGACCCAGGAAAGGAAAUGCAGUACUUGAAAAGUCAAUUCCAAGAGUUUGUUUCUGGGCUUAUGUCCUUGCCCAUAAACUUACCUGGAACUCAACUUUAUAGAUCAUUAAAGGCUAAAAAGGAAAUGGUGAAAUUAGUGAAGAAAAAAAUUGAAGCAAAAAGGAAUAAAAUGAAGGCAGGAGAUGACCCAAAUGAUGUAUUAGAAGUAUUAUUAAGUGACCAAAGUGGACAAUUAACAGAUGAUUUAAUGUCUGAUAAUGUGAUUGAUAUGAUGAUACCAGGGGAAGAUUCUGUUCCACUUCUUAUCACCCUAGCCAUUAAAUUCUUAUCAGAUUCUCCAUUAGCCCUACAACAAUUAACGGAGGAGAAUAUGAAAGUUAAAAAGGUUAAGGCAGAGGUAGGGGAGGCUAUGUAUUGGGCUGAUUACCUUUCAUUGCCUUUUACACAAAUGGUAAUUACAGAGACAUUAAGGAUGGGAAAUAUAAUCACAGGGGUGAUGAGAAAAGCCAUGAAAGAUGUGGUGAUAAAGGGUUAUUUGAUACCAAAAGGAUGGUGUGUUUUGACAUAUCUUAGAUCUGUUCAUCUUGAUGAUACUCUUUAUGACUCACCUCACCAAUUUAAUCCUUGGAGAUGGCAGGACAAAGAUACAAAUAGUAGUAACUUCACCCCAUUUGGUGGAGGACAAAGGCUGUGCCCUGGAUUAGAUUUGGCUAGAUUGGAAGCCUCCAUUUUUCUCCAUCAUUUUGUUACUCUAUUCAGGUGGGAGGCUGAGGAUGAUUCACUUAUCCAUUUUCCUACUGUAAAAAUGAAGAAGAGGAUGCCAGUUUGGGUCAAAAGAAGAAGGGACCCUUAAGUUUUGGGAUACAUCACCCUUAAAGUUUUGGGGUACAUAACCAAAGCAAACAAAAGAAACACAAAGAGAUUGGACUAGUUAAUGCCAACUUUUCCCUAACUCAUGCAAUCAUCCCAAUCUUAGGCGAUAAAUGAAGCAAACAAACAAUUUUUUCCCUGCAUUACCACACGUGUGGUUGGCCAUCAUUGCCCCCUGCAACUUUGUCCUGCUAUAGAUGUGAAGUGCUCUCUCAUAUACUACAUUUUUCUUUAAUUUCUACACAUUUAACUUAUAUUUUUAUCUAUAUAUAUUUCUCUUAUUUUUUAAUAAAAUAUAUACUUUCUUUCCUA